UUGUAACCCACUUCCUAAAAAACAGACACUUUCAUUUCACACACAACACAGAAAGAAACACCAUUCAUAGCCGUGCUCUGCUGCCAUACAAUAUUGUAACCCACUUCCUGCUAGGAGGAGCCAAGCCAAAAGUCCCUUUUUUUACCGUUAAUUUGUCUGUUGUUAUUUCCGUUAACCGCGCACGUUAGCAACGAAAAAGAGCCUGUGCGCCUCCCCACAAACCAAACGAUUAAAAAAACAAAAAAAAGCAAAAAGCACUGAUAACAGAGUGAACUCAACGAUACCUCCACCAACAGUCACAAACUUCUCUUUCUCUUUCUCUUUUUCUCUCGGAAAACGGGACCCAACUUAUGAAUUCAACUCACUCCGUUCCAACGAUUGAACUCGGCCAUGGUGAUUUCGACUUUGAGUUCACUGUUCCGAGCUCGGAUUUUCACGACCAUGUCUCCGCCGUUGAUCCUCGUUUGAGCUCUGUUAGCAGCGGUCUCAGCUCCUAGUGUUGCUUCCUGUUCAAGUCUGCGCUAAUUGACGGUCGUGAUCUCGCUGUUGAUUUCAGAUCUGAAGCGUUACCCAGUAAUCGACGGCGUCGAUGAUGUCUGAGCUCACAGAAAAAAGUACGGAAAAAGAGGAGAAAUAAUAAUUAUGGGUUUUGUCCCUUUAUGAAGACAUUCGAUUAGGGCUCACAAAGAAUAUUGAAGAAGGUCCGAUGGUUGUCGAUGAAAUACUUGCUUUUGUUUUGUUAUGUGAUAUCCAUCAUCGAUGCAGCACCAUCAAUAUCUCCCAUGGGUGCACCGUGGGCAGCACCUGAUAUGCCAAAUCUUCCCCUGCCUGCUGAUUUGCCAGUGUCCCAUAGACACUGGCAAAAACAUUUCUUGCCACGUGCUGCGCCAGUUGCACUAUCACCUGCACUCCCUCCUUUUUAUGGUCCCUUAAUAACUGCUGGUCAUCCCCCUGCAACUUCUCGAUUGUCAAGGCCAGCAAUGAAGAGGAGUGGCUUGGCACCUCCCCUUGCUGGCUUUCAGAAUAUUGCCCCAGCACAGUCGGGUGCUGGUGCAAUCCCUUCGGGUUUAGCACAGCCCCCGCUCACUCCUUCCAUUUCCAACUGUUGCAAACCAGACAUGGUAUUGAGACGCGAAAGUCGGGGUUGCCACUGUGUUUAUCCCAUUAAGCUUGACCUCCUCCUCUUAAAUGUUUCACAAAAUCCUAAUUGGAAUCUUUUUCUUCAAGAAUUAGCUUUGCAGCUUGGUUUGAAAGUUUCUCAAAUAGAGCUGAUUAACUUUUAUGUACUCAGCUUAUCAAGGUUAAAUAUUUCGAUGGAUAUUACUCCAUAUCCAGGGGUCAGUUUCUCGGCAAGUGAUGCAUCUGCAAUAAACUCUUCUCUUGUCAUGCACAAGGUUAAUUUAGACCCCGCAUUAGUGGGCGAUUACAAACUCCUCAAUAUAACUUGGUUUAAGCCUCCACCUGCUUCUCAAGCUCCUGUUGCUACAUCACCAGUUGAAGCCCCAUCAAAACCAUCACCGACUCAUACGUCCUUAACUGCUUCAAGUAAAGGGAAACAUUCAAAUUUGAGUCUUAUUAUUGGUAUUGGUGCCGGAAUACUGUUAAUUUCCAUUAUAGCUGUGCUUAUACUUUGUUUAUGCACGUUCCGUCGAGAGAAGACUAAAGAAUCUAAUAUAGAAACAGCCCCAGAAAAGCAGAGCAGCGUCGAAACAGUUCCAGCAGUAGGAUCUCUACCCCACCCAAGCAGCACUCGGUUUCUGGCAUUUGAAGAACUUAAACAAGCAACAAACAACUUUGAACCUGCAAGCAUACUCGGAGAGGGUGGUUUUGGCAGGGUGUUCAAGGGCGUCUUAAGUGAUGGUACAGCUGUUGCAAUUAAAAGACUUACUAACGGAGGGCAACAGGGGGAUAAGGAGUUCUUGGUUGAGGUUGAGAUGCUUAGCAGGCUGCAUCAUCGUAAUCUGGUGAAACUUGUGGGUUACUAUAGCAGUCGUGACUCCUCACAAAACUUACUGUGCUAUGAGCUUGUGCCAAAUGGAAGCUUGGAGGCCUGGCUUCAUGGUCCCCUGGGAGUAAAUUGUCCUUUAGAUUGGGACACCCGAAUGAAGAUUGCACUUGAUGCUGCCAGAGGACUUGCUUACCUGCAUGAGGACUCACAACCGUGCGUUAUCCACAGAGAUUUUAAAGCAUCCAAUAUAUUGCUAGAGAACAACUUUCAUGCUAAAGUUGCUGAUUUUGGCCUGGCUAAACAGGCACCUGAAGGCAGAGCAAAUUAUCUUUCUACUCGUGUGAUGGGAACAUUCGGGUACGUAGCUCCAGAGUACGCCAUGACUGGACACCUACUUGUUAAAAGUGAUGUUUACAGCUAUGGGGUUGUCCUUCUUGAAUUACUCACUGGAAGAAAGCCUGUAGAUAUGUCACAGCCAGCUGGGCAGGAGAAUCUUGUGACCUGGGCAAGGCCAAUUCUUAGGGACAAGGAUAGGCUGGAUGAGCUCGCUGAUCCUAGUCUUGAAGGAAAGUACCCAACGGAAGAUUUUGUACGAGUUUGCACGAUUGCAGCAGCUUGUGUUGCUCCUGAGGCAAGCCAACGCCCUACAAUGGGUGAAGUGGUACAGUCAUUGAAGAUGGUGCAACGAAUCACCGAGUAUCAGGAUUCCAUGUUAACCUCUUCCACUGCCAGACCCAAUCACAGGCAGUCAUCAACUACCUUUGAGUCCGAUGUGUCAUCUUCAAUGUUCUCGUCUGGUCCUUACUCUGGUCUAAGUGCCUUAGAUAAUGACAAUGUGUCUAGGGCCGCAGUUUUCUCUGAAGAUCUUCACGAAGGACGAUGAUUGCGUGACAUAAGUCGACAUUCUGUUCAAAGCAUAGUUGACCGUCUGGUAUAGCAAUGUAGGAGCAGUCCCCUUGUGAGCAGGGGAUAUACAGGUUGAUUUUUUGAGUAAUAGGUAGGUUUUGUAAUUGUGAUUCUUGUUGUGGGGAAGGGUGAGUGUCUUUUUGUAGUCCUUUAUGUGGGGGAACCACUGUUCAGUUUUCUCCAUAGGCAGUAGUUCUCCGCACGGUGGAUGAAAUUUUGUAUAUGCCUUGUAAGCUUGUUUCAUGAAAUUGGGGUUUUUAAGUGUUUCGUAUUUAUAUAUCCAUUUUCCAUGUCUUUCAAA